GACAUGCCAGUCACUUCUACACAUCAGGAAGGAAGGCGGCGAGCAGCUGGGCGGGAUGUCUGAAGUUUUGUAGAGGAAACGUGUCGGAGUCCUUGGAUGAGCCUUCAGCUGCAAACCCAAGCUUUGUCCACUCCCGUGGUUUCCACCCUUCAGUGCACCAUCUCGGGAUAAAUAACUAACUUUGGGAGCUACAGGAGUGGCUUCCUUAUUCCUUCUGGGACAAACCUUGCUGUGGGUUGGACUGCAGGGCAAGGAGGAGAGAGGAGACCUUCUGCCUCCGGUGCCUGCGCUGUAAUUCCAGGCCAGCAGCUCCGGCCGAGGGAGAUGCUGCAAGGCCCAUGAACACUGACGGACCUGCAGCUUGCCGGGGAAGUCAGCAGCAAUGCCAGCUGACUUUGUGCCUUGCAUUUCAAUCUGCAAAGGCAGAAAUGGAAACAAACAAGCAAAAAAGCUUGGGGGAUGGAAAGCCAAAGGGGAGAAGAGCUAAGUGCUUUCACAGCAGUGGUUGUACCCUGGAGCUGCAGAUCUGGGACACGGCAGGACAGGAGCGGUUCCGGUCCAUAACGCAGAGUUACUACCGCAGUGCCAACGCCUUGAUACUCACCUACGACAUCACCUGCGAAGAGUCCUUCCGAUGCCUCCCCGAGUGGCUGCGAGAAAUCGAGCAGUACGCCAGCAAUAAGGUCAUCACCGUGUUAGUGGGUAAUAAGAUUGAUUUAGCCGAUAAGAGGGAAGUCUCCCAGCAAAGAGCCGCAGAGUUCUCCGAAGCACAGGACAUGUACUAUCUGGAAACCUCAGCGAAAGAAUCGGAUAAUGUGGAAAAACUCUUCCUGGACUUAGCCUGCCGGCUGAUCAGUGAAGCACGGCAGAACACCCUUGUGAACAAUGUCUCAUCCCCCUUACCAGGAGAGGGGAAAAGUAUCAGCUAUUUGACUUGCUGUAAUUUUAAUUAAAGAGCUGGCGUGUGAUUCUCCAUCCGCCAUGGGCCCACAGGAUUUUUUGCCGGGAUUUAUCUCCUCGGAGGGAAUUCCUGCCACUUUGACCCAUCUGACUUCCCCUGAGUCAGGUUGCAGACCUAGAAGAAGCAUGGCAGGCUGACAGCUCCAGAUGCAUGGCAACGUAGCAGAAUAUAACAUGGUUUAAAUUUAAUUUUUUCUUGCAGUUUCUGGAGCGGGAAAGGAAAAAGGAGAGUUGGACAAGUGGUUCGUGUAAUGCAGAACAUGAGCAUUUCCUUCUGCAGGUGAUGAGAUCAACCUCUCUUGGAGAAGACACUGAAGAGUUCAAGAUCUCUCUUACAGAACAAUGUGUUUGGUCCUUUGUAAAAGAAAAAAACCAACACAGCACAAAAGUACUGAACUUGGACUACACUGGCAAUCAUCUAGACUGCCAGCCAAGUGAAUUCUUAGGAUGUGUACAUAGUGUCUGCCCACGUGUCUUCAUGGAGGACUGGUGUUUAAAAUAAUGUUACGUCUCUCAUCUAUAGGCACUUUCAUGAACAUGAAAUUAAAAAAAAAAAAAAAAAGAGAAGUUAUAUCUCAACAUUUUCAGACAAGGAUUUGAGAAGACAUGGCUACAGCUCCGUUGCUUCCUUUGGUGCUAGCAGUUCAGCAAAUAUUCCGUAGACCAAGCGUAGUCUUACUACAUUGCUGUCCUCUGAAUGUGUAACUUAGACUGAUUAGGAAAAGAACGCUAAUGAGCACUGUUCAUUAAAAUCCCAUUACCUCUUUUUCUAGGCUUGAACAUAGUGAGAAAGGACUGUGCUUCUUUGAUAUCCAGCACAGGAUGAAAGGACUUCCCAGAAAUAAAAUAAAUAAAUAAAUAAGAAAAUGAACUGUCCCUCCUCUAAUUAGUAUUGUCCUAAAGUGAAAAAUUAGCCUUGGGAAAUGUUAUUGGUGGAAUUGAAAAAAUGCACCAGGCACGACCAAAAUCUUUUGUGUGCACUGAUUGUGCAUAAGGGUUCAAAGAGAGCACAGUUUUAAGUGGGAGCCUGCAAUAUGUCUGGGAUAAAAAUAAAGCUUGUAGAUACAGUUCCUGUUGAAAGGCAGGCAUACAAUUUUGUAGAGGUUUUUCUUUUUCUUUUUUUUUUUUUUUCUUUUUUCUAACGUGAAGUGGAAAUAGCAGCAGGUUGCAGGUGGCAUCAUUUUGUGUCUGACCCAUCCAGCGAUCACCUUAUGGAACUGUUCUCUGAGGAGCUCUUGAAGGUAUCUUCUUGGCCUCUCUCCUCUCUGCUCGAGUAGCUUUCACAUGCAGCGCUGUAGAGUCAUUUAAUUUACUUGAUGCUUUGUACUCUUAAUCUCAGACUCCAGUGUAUGUGUAACUGAUAGGCAAUGUCUUUCUACAAAACCCCUGAAGUGGAAGCAUUAUGGAAUUUAUUAUUACACCUCUAGUGCCAUAUGCGAACAAUGCAUUGUAAAUUUACACACUGACAUUAAAGCAAAAUUGAAAGAUAGUGAAUGCAUUCAUGGAAAAUGAUUUUUAGAAGUUUGAGUUCAGUUUAGCUGAUCUGGAUAAAUCUCUCCUGGCAGUUACGUGGCUGUGAUAUGAUGUAAUUUAAAGUUAAUCACCUUAAUAUCAUUUGGUAUUUACUGAAGAUUAUAACAGAACUUUUGUAUUGACAUAAAAGUUGCCAGUAAGUUCAUCCUGAAAACAAUAAUAAUAAUAAAAAAGUAGCAUUUUAAAAUGCUUUUUCACAUUUUCCUGAAAAGACUUCCUUGGGCUGUAUCAUGGUGUGCCUUUGAUCUGUAAUGGUGAGCUGACUCUACAUGUCUUUGAGAGAGGAGGGACUGGUGUAUCAUAUGUCAUUUUUUAAUAUUUUCUUGCUAUUUUUAGGUCACUUCUUUUGUGACUAGUGCUAAAAAUGAAGAUGUAGAAAUUGUGGUACAAAUCUUGCUUAUCAUUUAGGUAACACUUUGCAAAGUGCUGCUGUAAGCAUUAGAUGUUGGGGAAAUGUCGUCUGAUGCACUGGCCUGUCCUGGUCCUUUUUGGUCUCUGCUCAUGAUGUAACCUAGAGGAUUUAGAAAGGUGUGGGAUUUGGUGGCUUCUGCUGUUCUGGAUUGUGUGGUACAGCCUGUGCUGGAGAGCGUUGUUGUCUUCCUUGAGCAUUCCCCAAAUUGCCAAAUGCAGCCUGAUGUGAGCUUGUGAAGACCACGAGACCCUGACACAGCUGGUUCUGCACAGCUUUGAGGUUGGUUAGAGCAAGAUUUGGGGCGUUGCACAUAGGGUAACACUUGAGUUAAAAAUCAAUAUUACUCAUAUUUAAUUUGUCAAAGCUCCUACUCUCCAGAUUAAGAUGAUCUUGGGUAAAACACUAAAUGUUCUGUGCUUCUGCUCACUAUUUGUGAGGUACUUUCACGAGUAUUUUGUGUUAGAUGUUUGCAACGCAAGUCUGCUGGCACAAGCUGUGACUCCCUUCUGUUCUUAUUUUGAGUUCCCCAUUAGAGAGCAAGCGCUGGGAAAAAAAAAAAAAAAAAGUCCAAACUUUUCUUCAAGAGAGAGAGUUAUGAUGGAAAAUGUGAAAUUAUGAACUCUAUAGAAGAAGGGGACACUGGAUGCCUCUUCCUACCUCUAAUACUGAAAUCUCAAUUCGAUCGACAGGUAAGUCGUUGGAGUAUGCAGUUGGAUACGUGUUUGAGCUGAAUGCUAAGUGGCUUUGUGAUCAUUAUUUAAUGAAAACCACAUGUCAUGAAUUGUCAGACAAGACACUUUGUUCUUUGCUGUAGAAUGUGUGAAACAGCCGUUAACAGUCUGUGAGCCUGCUGGUGCUGUUUGUCUUUUUGGAAAUAGCUGUAUCGGUAACAGUGGGCUCCUGCUAGUCUACAUUUAACGGUUAAUGGCUAUUGAAUUCCUUCAGCAUCAGUGAUAAUAGCAGCAGACUGAGAUUGACGCAGCAGACAGUGAUUUGAAAAGAGGGAAAGUUGGAAUUCGUGAUGCAGAAGCAUUGUGGGUGCACACACGUGGGACAACAGGCUUGCCCGAGCUUUUGCUGACAAGAGAUGCAAUUACUUAUGGUCAAACCCACAGGGUUUUGUAUCAGCUGCUUUUCUGCUUGUCCUCCCUUUCCAGCGUGAAGAACUGUCCGUAAAUCAUGCUGAGAUGUCGAGCUUACAUAAUUUCUGUAAUCAGAGACUGAAUUCACUUGGAAAACAGGUGAAAUUCUCCACCAAUUAAAAUAUGCCAAGCAAACCUGUGGGAUGUGCUGCCCUUUGGGGGGCUAUGGUGCCAUCGUGGUCAGAUGGGACUGGAGACGCAGUCCCAGAAAGCCUCUCCCAGCAGUGUGUACCGUGUGCAGCGCUUUGUGCCAAGGGAAAGAUGGCUGUGUGGAGCUGAAGAUGCAACAUAAAGAGAUGGUUAUGUUCUCUCGGGAUUUCCUCAAUCCUAUCCUCUUACAAAAUGCAUCUAUGACAGCUUUUGAUUGCUCUGGAUUUUAAUAAUUGUGAAUUUGGGUCUUACCUGAGACUCUCCUGUAUUGUCACUGGCAGUAUCAAAGUACCCCAUUCCCUUACACGUGCUGCUCCUACCAACAUCAACCAAGAAGACCUUUUUGAGUUUAUUCAGUUAGAAAAUGUGUUUCUAGAGGACACUUUGUAUUCCCGGUGAGCAAGCAUGGGAACUCUCCCAAAUACUGAUGUAUGUUAGGGCUCACAGGAAAACCCAUUGGAGCUAAAGGAAAUGCUCUGGUCACUUCUAGUAGUGACAGCCCAAUGAAAGCUGUUAUAUCAAAAUGUUUUCUUCCUCAGAUCUUUUAUCAGCUUUAUUUGUUUGAAUGAACGUGGCUCUUGAAGCCACCUUCUCUUUGCUCAUAUCAACUGAGUCUGUCCUCUUGCUGCUGUGGGUAGUAAUUGCUCUAGUUACUGUUCACAAAGGAUCAUCAUUUUGAAGGACAGUCCUGUUUUCUGAUGAUAGUGAGUGGUGGGGAGCCACUUACUUGAUUUCCCACAAGUGGCGAGUGCAUCCUAAGGAAAGCAGCCCAAACUGGAACCCGUUGUGUCUUUGAAAUGCGAUCACCCCCUUGAAUUGUACCUAAAUGUCCCAUAAAGGUUACAGAUCUCCCAUCUGCCUCUGUUUAGGAUUUAUCUUGGCUAGAAAAACAGACGACAGGGUAAUCGCGCUGACUGAGAUGCCAGACUCCCACAUCAGCCUGCUGCCUUGCUCUGACUCGCCUCGCUCACCGCCGAGCUCAACUGACCCAAAGCCGCCUUUGCGCUAUAUCUAGCCCAGAUAGGUGGCCGGCUGUCAUCACCCGUGGAUGCAAUCGCACCCUUUCCCCUCAUGUGAAUGAGCUGUAUCUUAAGGCAGAAGUGAAAACUAUGCUAUGGGAGUUAAGGGUGCAGUUGUGUUUUUUUUUUUUCUUUUUUCCCCCUACGAGUUGGGAGCCACAGAUUCAGAGGGAAUGUCAUCUCCGUUACAUGCUCCUCCGAGCACAGUCAACUGGGUAACUGGGGAAAGAAAACACACAUAUAGCUGAAACCGAGACAACAAUGAGUAAAUGCUGUCAGGGAAAGGUUGUUCUGGUUUUAAGAGUAUAGCCAGGGUUAAGAGCUCAGUUCUCCCGGCUGUGGAUAAACAGGAGCUGGCCGUGCUGUUCUCUGAUGCUGUUUUCACAUUAAUAUCUAGCUAUUAGCACUUCCUGGAUGUGAUCACAUUCUUUGAAGCCGUUCUCCUUUUCCAGCAAGUUCAGAAGAUAAUUUUAGCUCUGGUUAGUGCUAUAAUUAAAUAAUUGAGUCUCAAGCUGAAGCAGCAGAUGCCACCUUUGCCAAUGCUUUUUCCACUGCUUAUCUUGGGACACCGCUCCCAAGGACAUGCAUGCUUGUGAGGGCACCACGGAGUUGUCCCUGCUGAGCAUCUUCUGGAGUCCAGCCUUGGUGCCUAGGGACAUGACAUGGCCUGUGUGAGUCACACUUUUAGCUGUGCUAAAUGGUUCUCCAGGGAAGAUGGGUUGUUAGAAGUAGGGUUAGGGUGGUUGGGCACUGGGACAGGCUCCCCAGUCACGGCACCAAGCCUGCCCGAGUUCAAGAAGCAUUUGGACGAUGCUCUCAGACAUAGGGCCUGAUUUUUCGGUGGCGCUGUGUGGAGCCAGGGGUCGGACUCGAUGAUCCUUGAGGGUCCCUUCCAGCUUGGGAUAUUCUGUGAUCCUAUGAUUCUAAGAAGAUGCAGUUCACGUCAGCAUCCAUGGCUUGUCUUCUGGGCCACCCUGACUUUCUUACUGGGAAAGCAUAAACCUAACUAAUUCAACAAGCCUAUUCUCAGCCAGGGCAGCCUGUUAGGAGUUUCCCUUUUUGUGGGACCAACAGGAGCGAAGAAACAGUGGCGGAUGGUGCAGGCGAGUACAUCGCGAACACACAGGCGGACGCUGCUCUCCGCCUGGGGAGGUGCUCUGGGAUUGGGAUGCUCCGCUUGGGGAGCACUCUGCUGUCACUCAGGCACUGGGUUACACUGCGGGCAUGAGCUGUAGUAAAUGCAGUGGCCACAGCAUCCCCAGCAGCCGAGCCUUUAUGGAGAGGGGAGUGAAGGAGCGGGGAACAUUGUUUUGAUGUUUUAAUGGAGUGAGGAUGAAAUGUUUGGUUUGUGACGGGGAGGGCGGCGGUGAUUUCAGGCACUGCUGUUGCCUCUGCUCUUGCAAGCUGUUUGGAAGAAAGCCUUAGCAUGGGCCUCCACAUAGCAC